AUGGAAGAUAACAGUAGUUUAGAAGAGGAAUGCAAACCUGAAUCUAGAAUGUUUUAUGAAUCGUUUGAUAAGUUUUUCCAAUACUACAAGAGCUAUGGGAAUGAAAUGGGGUUUGAAGUUGCUAUAAGAUCUUCAAGAAAAAGAGUUGAUGGGGAGUUGAUUUAUGCAAAUAUGGCUUGUUCUUGUGGUGGGAAGCGAGAAAGUAACUCCAGAAAUGUUUGUAAAAUGGUACCAUUGACAAAAAGUGGUUUUAAGGCUCGUUGUAUUGCAUCUCGACGUUCUGAUGGAAAAUGGGAAAUAGUGUCGAUCAUCUAUGAGCAUAACCAUGAAUUCAAUGUUGAAGCUGGUGAUGCUGAGAAUUUGACUUUCUUACAAAAGGAUUAUAGGAAUUACAUUGAAAAGGUUAGGAAGACCCUACUUGGUGCUGGAGAUGCUACUACAAUCCAAAAAUAUUUUCUGAAGAUGCAAAAGGAUAAUCCAAAUUUCUUCUAUGUUAUGGAUUUAGAUGAGGAUGGUCGAUUGCAGAAUGUUCUAUGGGUGGAUGCAAGAAGUAGGGCCGCAUUUAGGGAAUUCGACAAUGUUGUCAUAUUCGACACGACAUAUUUGACUAACAAGUAUGAUAUGCUGUUUGUUGCAUUUGUCUGUGUUGACCAUCACGGCCAUUCCACAUUGUUAGGUUGUGGGUUAGUCUCCCAUGAGGACACACAAACUUUUGUAUGGCUUUUUGAAUCUUGGCUUGCAUGUAUGUGGAAUUCUGCUCCUAAGGCUAUAAUCACUGAUCAUGACAAGGCAAUGCAAAAUGCAAUCGAGAUUGUGUUUCCCGAUACAUGA